UAGUGGGGGGGAUCGAAUCAGUGAUAUGACCUUAGUGGAAUCGAAGGAGGGGAACGUAUUACCGAUCAUGUUGAGCGUACAGCAACAGCAUCAUCACCACAAUCUUCACGGUUCUUCAACAACCAGUGCACAAACUCAUCGCAGCAAUGUGAUUGUUUCCACUAGUAGUAUGCCGGCUAAUGACAUCAAGAUUCAACAACAUGGUUGCAAGCGAUCCAAGAUUUACGGUCAGACGACCGGUCCUUAUGGUACGGUUCCUCAUCAACCGGCUUCGGUUGCGAGGCGGAACGCUCGAGAAAGAAAUCGUGUUAAGCAGGUGAAUAAUGGGUUCGCCACUUUGAGGCAGCAUAUACCUCAAAGCGUGGCACAAGCUCUUGGAGGAAAUACAGCUGGCACGCACGGCGGAUCUAGAGCCGGUAGUAAAAAGCUAUCGAAGGUCGAAACACUUAGGAUGGCAGUCGAGUAUAUCAGGAGUCUGCAACGUCUUCUGGAAGAACACGACAGUGGUUCAGAUGUCACGAGUGUAUCUUCGCCAACGUCGUCAUCGCCUUCGUCGACCUCUUCCGCCUCAUCCACGUGUAGUUCCAAUAAUGGAAUCAACGUUGAAUCCAGUCACCAUUCUCCCGAAUUGAGACUUCGUAGCAAUGUCAACAAUGAACUCCGGCAUCAUAGUAGCUCGGAUUUGCAUCGACAUCAACAUUUACGGCAAAAUCCUAGCCCAACAUUCGUACCAGCACCUUGUUCCGAAGCUUCGAGUUCGCCAACGCCGAGUUUUGUUUCCGAAGCGUCAUCAGCUGGCAGUCAAGGGUACGGAACAUCGGGUACUCUUUAUGCGACACAUUCCGAUGGUUAUGAUAAUUACGAACCUAUGAGUCCCGAAGACGAAGAGCUGUUGGAUGUCAUCUCCUGGUGGCAACAAAGUCAAUGA